UCUCUUUUCACAACCCUCUACAAAGAAAGGGCAAGAAAAGGAGAAAAAAAGGAAGCGGGCUUCAAAUUUCCGAAACCCUAGCUCGUCCUGUAAGAAAUCCUUCUCCAUCUGUUGAAGUCGCCGGAUUCUCACUCUCCAAACCCGCAGAGCACCAUGGUGUCGGACGCAAGCAAGAAGAAGGCGGCUGCGAAGAAGGCAGCGGCUGCUGCGAAGAGGGGAGGGAAAUCUGCUGCUGCAGCGUCAUCGAAGUCAGCAGCUUCUGAUUCACAGAAUGGGGUCGAGAAGCUGUCAAAUGGGGUCAAUGCUCUUCAGAUAUCGGAUCGAACAUGCACCGGUGUUCUCGCCUCGCAUCCUCUGUCGAGAGAUAUCCAUAUUGAGUCUUUAUCAGUGACCUUCCAUGGUCAUGACCUCAUAGUAGAUUCUGAGUUGGAACUCAAUUAUGGCAGGCGUUAUGGUUUACUUGGUCUAAAUGGAUGUGGGAAGUCCACUCUCCUUGCAGCAAUAGGUUGCAGAGAGCUUCCCAUUCCCGAUCACAUGGAUAUCUAUCACCUUACCCGGGAAAUUGAAGCUUCUGACAUGUCUUCACUUGAGGCUGUCAUUAGCUGUGAUGAGGAGAGGCUGAAAUUGGAGAAAGAAGCUGAAGCUUUGGCAGCAGAGGAUGGUGGUGGUGGAGAAGCCCUAGAACGCCUUUAUGAGCGCUUGGAAGCCUUGGACGCUGCAACUGCUGAGAAGCGUGCUGCUGAGAUAUUGUUUGGUCUUGGUUUCGACAAGAAAAUGCAAGGAAAGAAAACUCGAGAUUUUUCUGGUGGCUGGCGUAUGAGGAUUGCACUAGCGAGGGCUCUAUUUAUGAACCCUACCAUACUUUUACUUGAUGAACCUACAAAUCAUCUCGAUUUGGAAGCAUGCGUCUGGUUGGAGGAGACGUUGAAGAACUUUGAUCGCAUCCUGGUUGUUGUGUCCCACUCUCAGGACUUUCUGAAUGGUGUCUGCACGAACAUCAUCCACAUGCAGAAUAAGAAGCUUAAGCUCUACACUGGUAACUAUGACCAGUAUGUGCAGACCCGAACUGACCUGGAAGAAAACCAGAUGAAGCAGUACAAAUGGGAGCAGGAACAGAUCUCAUCGAUGAAGGAAUAUAUCGCCCGGUUUGGGCAUGGGUCUGCUAAGCUGGCCCGCCAGGCUCAGAGCAAGGAGAAGACGCUAGCAAAGAUGGAGCGUGGAGGGCUCACAGAGAAGGUGGUCAGGGACAAGGUUCUGGUCUUCCGCUUCACUGACGUGGGAAAGCUUCCGCCUCCAGUACUUCAGUUUGUGGAAGUCACCUUUGGUUACACGCCUGAAAACCUCAUCUACAGGAACCUGGACUUUGGGGUAGACUUGGACUCGAGGAUAGCGCUGGUGGGGCCCAAUGGGGCUGGGAAGAGCACCCUGCUGAAGCUGAUGACUGGUGAGCUAGUCCCACUGGAUGGCAUGGUCCGGCGGCACAACCAUCUGAGGAUUGCUCAGUUCCAUCAGCAUCUGGCAGAGAAGCUUGACGUGGAUAUGUCUGCACUCCUGUACAUGUUGAGGGAAUAUCCGGGAAAUGAGGAGGAGAAGAUGAGGGCUGCAAUUGGGCGGUUUGGGCUGACGGGCAAGGCACAGGUGAUGCCCAUGAAAAACCUGUCAGAUGGCCAAAGGAGUAGGGUUAUCUUUGCUUGGUUGGCAUGGAGGCAGCCCCACAUGCUGUUGCUUGAUGAGCCGACAAACCAUCUUGACAUAGAGACCAUCGACUCGCUGGCGGAGGCACUGAAUGAGUGGGACGGGGGGUUGGUCCUCGUCAGCCAUGAUUUCAGGCUCAUCAACCAGGUGGCCCAGGAGAUAUGGGUGUGUGAGAAUCAGGCCGUGACGCGAUGGGAAGGCGACAUCAUGGACUUCAAGCAACAUCUGAAGAACAAGGCCGGGUUAUCGGAUUGAGGUAUGGCUUCGAGAAUAUAGUAUACUUUUAUCAAUUAUAUAGGUAUGCUUAUAGUAAUGCUAUUCCAAUUUCCAUAUAACAUCUGAUAUUGUUACGCGGAGAUUCAUAGUGGUAUUAUUUCGAGACUGGACGUAUGAUCUACAGUGACCCGAUUAUCAGCUGAUAGGUGUAUGAGGCUUUUCAUUUUAAUGAUUCUGCUAUUAUUUCUUUGA